CUCUCUCCUAAGUGAGAAAUAAAGAAAACAUGGCACAGCAAUGGCAGAGGGAAUAUGACUUUGCUGUUAAAGUGGCCAGAAAGGCUGGAGAGGAAAUAAGGAAAGCUGGGGAAAGCGAGAUUCGAGUCAUGACAAAAAGCUGCACUGUCGACCUCGUAACCAAGACUGAUGAACGGGUGGAGAAAAUCAUCAUCGGGUCUCUUAAAGAGGAAUUUGGAGAAGGGACGCACUGUUUCAUUGGGGAGGAGUCGGUCGCGAAGGGCGAGCAGUGUAUCUUAAGUGACAAACCUACGUGGAUCAUUGACCCAGUGGACGGCACCACUAACUUCGUCCAUGGAUUCCCGUUUGUGGCCGUGUCCAUCGCCUUUGCUGUCAAUAAGCACUUGGAGUUUGGUGUCGUGUACAGCUGCUUGGAAGACAAGAUGUAUAAAGCAAGGAAUGGAAUGGGAGCUUUCUGCAACGACGAACCCAUCCAGGUGUCUGAUGUACAAGAGAUCAAGAAGUCCAUUAUCAUUUCUGAGCACGGUGUGGACAGGACCCCCGAAAAAGUGAAGAAGAUUUUCUCUACCAUGCAGAAGAUCCUCUGCAUCCCAGUGCACGGGCUCCGUGGAUCAGGGACAGCUGCCACUAACAUGUGCCUGGUGGCGUCGGGCGCGGUGGAAGCCUUCUUUGAGAUCGGCAUCCACUGCUGGGACAUCGCCGCUGGUGCCGUUAUAGUCAAAGAAGCUGGAGGAAUAUUGCUGGAUGUGGACGGGGGACCGUUCGAUUUGAUGUCUCGAAGGAUGGUCUCGGCAAACAAUGACAUUAUUGCUAAGCGGAUCAUCAAAGAAAUCGAAGUGUUCCCCGCGGAGAGGGACGACGCUCCGGUGCAGAAGUAAUGACAACAAUCCGCUGAUUUCCCAAAUAUCUUAGCAUAUUCCAUCUUGAUGUACUGUGUAUGUCUGUGUAUGAAAUAAAAGUAACUCUCCUGUAAUCAUGA